AACCUGCGCCCCUAACCACUGGACCACCAGGGAAAGUCCUGGUGGCAGCUUCAAGGUCCUGAGGUCCCCAGUUGGGGUCUUAGGGUUUGGCCAGGAUGCCAGAAUGCUGGGAGAAAUUGUGCUCAAGUGUAAUAUGAUCCUGGCGCAUGACAAGGGGACCUGCUGAAUCCUUUGAAAACCUGUCCACUGGCCUUCUUCAGACCCAGGGACCAGUGUCCGAGGACCCCAGGCUGAUGGGGGCUCAGAUCUGCUCCCAGGCUGACGCCACGAUGCCCCGAGAGGCGGUCCGUUUCCACGCCGAGGCCGUGGGCGCGCAGGUGCGUCUGGACGCGCAGCGGAGCACCGCGCGCAGGUGCGCCACGUUCCAUGACGGCAUCGUGUUCAGCCAGCGGCCGGUGAGGCCCAGAGAGCGCGUGGCGCUGCGCGUGCUGUUUCACGAGCGCGGCUGGGUUGGCGGCCUCCGCGUAGGCUUCACGCGCCUGGACCCCGAGCGGGUGACCGCGCCCAGCCUACCGCCCUUCGUGUGCCCGGACCUGGAGCAGCAGAGCCCGACGUGGGCGGCCAUGCUGCCCGACGGCUGCGGGCUCACCGGGGACGUGGUGUGCUUCUGGGUGAACCGCCUGGGCCGGCUCUUCGCCCAGAUCCUACAGUCAGCGCCUCCACCCCAACCAUGCCAUGGGUCCUCAGUGAUGAGGCUCUGCCUGAGCCCAAAGCCACAGCAGGAGAGGAGUGUGCCAUCUGCUUCCACCAGGCUGCCAAUACCUGCCUCGUCCCCUGUGGCCACACACACUUCUGCAGCUGCUGUGCCUGGCGGGUCUUCAGGGACACGGCCAAAUGCCCCGUGUGUCGCUGGGAGAUUGAGGCGGUGGCCCCGGCUUGGGACCGUCCUGCUCUGGGCCCUGGUACAGGUGCACAGCUCUGAGCCCGGCCCCUGCCAAGGGACGAGGUGCAGCUCUGCCCUCUUUCUGGAGAAGAGUCAGAAAGCCUGGUUAGCAACAGGUGUGGCGGAGAGACAGAGUCAGGGCUGCAGUGGCUCUUCCCCCUCCUCAGCAGGAGGGGCCAGUGGACCAAGGAGGUGCCCCUUUCUGCCCACAUCAGAACUACCUCCCUGGUGGGUGCCUGGCUGGAGAAAGUGGCUCAGCAUGGGCCAGCGGGGUUCUCACCCCUCUGCCUAGCUCCAGGUUCAUUUUUGCGUGCCAAGGCUUUUGGCUGGUCACCUGGUUCAGCCACCAUGAACCUAGCAAUCCCUGGUACACCGGAGUCCCAGGAACCCACAUGUGUCAGUGAGAAGGGCCUUUGUGUAGAGACGGGGCAGCCUGAUCCCUGGUUUUAUGGCUAAGGAAGUUAAGGUACCUGCGCGUGUCUGGUGAAGCCCUGCCAACCCCGGGGUAUUGAGGAGCCUGGACCAGAUGCAGGGAGCAUCUGGGUGGAAUUUUGUUUAUUUAUUUAUUUUUUUAAAUUGAAGUAUAGUUGUUAUACGGUAUUAAUAAGUUAUAGAUGUACAAUAUAGAGAUUCACAAUUUUUAAAUGUUAUACUUCAUUUAUAGUUAUUAUAAAACUAUUGGUUGUAUUCCCCCUGUUGUACAGUAUAUCCUUGUAGCUUAUUUUGUACCUAAUAGUUUGUACCUCUUAAUCCCCUACCCCUAAAUUGCCCCUCCCUGUUCCCUCUCCCUACUGGUAACCACUAAUUUGUUCUCUGUAUCUGUGAGUUUGCUUUUUUGUUAUAUUAACUAAUUUGUUAUAUUUUUUUAGAUUCCAUAUAUAAAUGAUAUCAUACAGUA